AUGAAGAAUAUCAUAAGUAUAUUUGAAACUACUUUAAGGUCUAAAAUAUUAGUUGGCCCUACCACAUUUGAAUAAAAAUAUGGAAAUUUUAUUUAUUAAAUUGAUGGAGUUGAAAAAUAAGUAAUUUUAAUACUAAGUCAGGGAGGCGAAAUGAGGAUGGUGAAAACGAUAGGGUUUUGGAAAGAAUAUGGAAUAUUAGACGAAGAUUUUGCAAAAGAAACAUCUUUGAAAAUUCAAUAUGAUUUAGGAAUGGUCAGAUAUAUAAUGGAUCGAGAAAUAUUAAAACCAUAUAAUUAGAUAUUCAUCAAGGUGUAACUCAAUUGAUCAUGGUUUCUUGAAAAACUUUUUAAAUAAAAUUUCAAAGGUGGUGUUGAAAUUAAAAUAAUGGAAAGAAUUCUGAAAGUAAAAGUGAAAAUUUGAAAAUUGGUGGGGAAUAUAAUGAGAAAGGUGAGAAUUUUAGGUCAUGGAUUGAGCUAUUCGAAAAUUAUGGGGAGUCUAAAUUUCAUUUGCUUUUUAAUAUGAAGAUAGUUUGA